AUGUCCAAUUUGGCUUCUCGCUUCGCCGUCCCACUGGGGCUCGGCUUCAUGGCGCUUCAGGCCUCUCUCUACGACGUUCCAGGUGGCUACCGUGCGGUCAUGUUCGACCGAUUCCAGGGUGUUAAGAACAUUGCAACCAGCGAAGGCACUCACUUCCUCGUACCUUGGCUCCAGAAGGCUAUCCUGUACGAUGUUCGUAUCAAGCCACGCAACAUCUCCACCACUACCGGUUCCAAGGACUUGCAGAUGGUCUCUUUGACUCUCCGUGUGCUCAGCCGACCCGACAUUCAGCAUCUUCCUAAGAUUUACCAGUCUCUCGGCGCCGACUAUGACGAACGUGUUCUUCCUUCCAUUGGUAACGAAGUUCUCAAGGCUACGGUAGCUCAGUUUGACGCUGCUGAGCUCAUCACCCAGCGAGAGGUUGUCUCUGCUCGUAUUCGCGAGGAUCUUCUCAAGCGAGCUAGGGAGUUCAACAUUGUCCUUGAAGACGUCUCCAUCACCCAUAUGACUUUUGGCCAGGACUUCACAAAGGCAGUAGAGCAGAAGCAGAUCGCACAGCAGGAUGCUGAGCGUGCUAAGUUCAUCGUCGAGAAGGCAGAGCAGGAGCGACAGGCCUCCGUUAUCCGUGCAGAGGGUGAAGCCGAGGCUGCGCAGACCAUCUCGAGAGCAUUGGAGAAGGCUGGUGACGGUCUCCUUACCAUCCGAAGAAUCGAGGCUUCUAAGGACAUCGCUUCAACACUCAGCGGUGCUAAGAACGUCACUUACCUGCCACACGGUCAGGGCAUGCUGUACGUAUCAUCUUUGAUUGAUAGCUUCUUGUCUGUUGUCACCCUAACUGACCGUCUUUUCCUCAUUCCUUUGUUUCCGAUUUCGUCCACAGUCUCAACAUGCAGACUUAAAGUUGAACCACCCAGUCUCGUUGUGGUCAAACUCACCACAUCUCUCGGUCCCUCACUUUGUAGUUCUAUCUCCUUGCCUCCAACGCGAUUACCGCCACAUCUCACGCACAACAUUCCAUGUCAUGAUGAUCUGACACAGGCUGAAACACCGAGCAAGUAUAUUCUCGAAAUGAGUCAGGGUCGCAUAAGUCACAGGACUCUAGGAGGAGGUGUUCCACACGCCUUGAGGAUGAAGCCUCUGUAA